AGGGGGAAUCUUCCAAGUGCUUCUAUUUCGGUGUUGCACGGCUGCCGUUGCCGCACGUCAAUGCUGCCCUUCCUAGUGCGUGACCAGGAACUCUGCACUCACAAGUGGGGGGGGGCUCCAUUUUUGCACCAGGAGCUUUCCUUCCCAAAUGGGUGGGCCUCCCGCUCCGGCCAGCAAGUCCACAGGUGCUAGUCUGCCACCUGCAAGUGCACCCAAAUGUUUCCGGCCCCUGUGAUGAACGGGCUCCCUGCCCCGCCAGGCGACCCCGCGCACCCCGGCGGCUGGAAUGAGUUUUGCGAGCACCAUGCCAUCUCCACCGCCAGAGAGCUGGCCCGCAAGUACCUCCUCUUUGUCAGCGAGAACCCCCAGCACGAAGUCCUGGCGGCCGAGAACUUCUCCCUCCAGUUCGCCGACCUUUUCCAGCAGUACUUCCGCAACGAGGUGAAGGAUGGCUUUGCCAUGAACCGGUUCCGCAUUCUCCCCUUCAGCAGGGUGCGGGAUUACCGGGAGACUGGCCGGAAGCAGCCGGGGGGCUCCCUCGGGGGCGUCGUGGCCAAAGCCGAAGUGGAGCUGGCUGACCAGGCCGCCAGGGGCCCGGAGGCCCACCCCCGAGGCCUGACCAAGGCCUGGAGCUCGGAGGACCUUGCAGGAACGGCUUCCCCCUUGGCCGCGAGGAGACCCUUUUCCCUGGACCGCCUGAGGAGGAGUUGGCGCAGCUUUUUCCGCAGGAGGUCCUUGGAGCCGGCCCCCGGAGGAGGGGAGAUAUUGGACUCCGUUUCAAAGCCUGGCCUUGCCCGGAAGUUCUUCCCGUGGGCCCUUUCGCAAGACCCCUCUUCUCAGAUUCAGAAAGAGGGCAGUCUGAAAUACUGGAUGGUGACCGAGGCUACGAUGGACAGCGGAGCUUGCUGGCAGAGGUGCCGGCUGGUUUUGCGGAGAGCGGGGGCUUUGGACAACGACGAUUACAUCCUGGAGGUGUUUGAUCCCCCCAAGAGUUCGAAGCCAAAGCUGCAGACCACGUGCUCAGAGAUCCAAGAAAUCCGUCCCUGCACUCGCCUGGAGAUGCCGGACCACGCAGACACCUUUGUCCUCAAGAUGCUGAAGGUAAACACCUCCAUGGAUCUUGUAUUUGAGGCAGGAGAUGACCAGCAACUGCGUUCCUGGAUGUGUGAAAUUAAAGAGUGUCUCCAUCGAGGGUCAGAAGGCGCCGAUGUUGAGCUGAUCUCGGACUCUCACUCGGAGGCUGUGACCGCAAGCCCCACGAACAGCAGCACAGACUCCCUGAACCAAGGGGCGAUGCCACCCAGCCUCCCAGACCAGAACAGCCAGAAGACCGACCACUACCUGACAUCCUUCCCCUGGUUCCAUGGCCCCAUUUCUCGAGUCAAAGCCGCUCAGCUGGUUCAGCACCAGGGCCUUGACGGACAUGGGGUUUUCCUCAUCCGACAGAGUGAAACCCGCAGGGGAGACUACGUCCUCACGUUCAACUUCCAAGGAAGAGCAAAGCACCUACGGCUCUCCCUGACCGAGAGGGGCCAGUGUCGUGUCCAGCACCUGCACUUUGCCUCCAUUUUGGACAUGUUACACCACUUCCAGCGCUUCCCCAUCCCCCUGGAGUGCGGAACGGCCUGCAACGUGCAGCUGUCCAGCUAUGUAGUGGUUCUUCCACAUGCACAAGGCUCCAGCAGCACAGUCCCACUCUCCCCCUCCGUCCACCGCUGCCACCCGGAAUUCAGCCUUGUCCAGCUGAGCCCUUCUAGCUGCCCGCGGAUCCACCUGGCCGACAACCUCCGGCAGAGCUCCUCAGUGGAGCAGAUAUUCCACCUGGUGCCCCCUCCAGAAGAGCUGGCCAGCGGCCUGUGGCCCAGCAGCCACCUGACCAGCCCAUCCGCCACCCCUGCAACGCGCCAGUGGGACAAUGAUUACGAGAUGGACUCACAAGGCAGGUCCCACCUGCGGGCGGUUAACAACCAGUAUACAUCCCUCUGACACAGCAGGAUGGGGCAACAGCCUGCUUUUGCACAAGACUCUGGAUAAAUGUUUCAGAAAGCCAUGGAAAAGACUUGUUCCUCUUGGCUACAGGCUCGUGCUGGGGCGAGGCAGCUGGGUACACUUGCCCCAAGCCUUGGAGGGCUAAGAUGGCAGUGGGGGUUGGGGGGGUGUACCAGGGACCGGCUGCUUUUUUGUUUGAGUUUAUAACUUUAUUCUAACAAGACUCUGCCCCAGGCCUCAGGAAAGCUCUGCACAUGCCUGCUUGGCUGUGUUGGUUUGUAAGAUAGAUUGAUAACGCACUUCACUAUGGAUGUGACCCUUUGAUUUGGCUUAUUAAAUGGCCUCUCUGUUAAGUUUUUUCACUCAAUCCUCUCAUCGGUUUUGCACAUGGCUCUUCCUUUGCUUUAGGCUCCUAGCUUAUUUUUGUUGCUACCGGUACAUACAA